UAUUAAAUGUUGUAUUUAUUACGGCUCCCCUGGCAGCAGCUACUCUUCCUAGGGUCCAACAAGGACCCAAAAUGGGAAACAUACACCAAGUGUUAUAAGGAGAUGGUAAAGUACAGACUGACAAGAACUUUAGAACAAACACAUCAUCUGUGGUUUUGGAAUGACAGUGACUCGAAAUCCAGCAGGUCCAAUCCUAAAGUACAAAGUAAUAAAGUUGAGCCAUUGGUCUUAAAACAACUAGAACGUGAGAGAAAGAUUCCACCUAAAGAACCAUUGAAACAGAAGAUCCUCAUUUCAGAAAAACUACACAAAGUUGCAUCUCCUGAGACCUCUCCACCUAUAGAUGUACAGGGUGCUGUGGACGGAGGCUGCGGAGAGUCAGAGGAAGAGAAGCUGGGAAAAGGAUUAACUGCUUCUGAACCAGGGAGGAAGCCAGAGGCUCAAACUAAAGCCAAACAGUCCAGAAAGCCCCCCAGGGCGAGGAGCCAGAUACAGAAGCCCAAAGAAACCGACAAGGAAAACAGGCACCCAUUUGCCAUGUAUGGAUGGGGUGAAAGGCAGGCUGAGAUGGCUAGCAAGAAUAUCCACAAUGUGGGUCCAUCAAUCAUUCAAUCAAUCAAAUUGAUUUUACCCAUGCACCGCUACUUGAAAUCUCUCAGUAACAACUUUGCUGUAGCUUUCUUUUAA